AUGCGUUGCCGUAUGCCCGGUGAUGGUUCUUGGAGAAUAGAGAUAAUAGGCUGUAAGACGCCGUCUGGAUCAACGGUGCCGGUGAAUUCGACAAUCGUUGAAGGCGACGAUGAGUGGAAAUGCACACUAAGUAACGAUGGACGUGUUCUAAUGCAACAAGGUGUUAAUGCUUACGCGAAAUGCGGAAUUCAUAACCAGGGUUCGAGUUUUCACUUCUAUGCAUAAUG